GGAAUUCAGAAAGGAAGUGGUAUUUGUUAUUGAUAUAAGUGGAAGCAUGAGGGAAAAACCUAUUGAGGACACCCAAAGUGCCCUGUUUGCAGCUCUGUCAAAGCUUGAUUCUGAAGAUUUGUUUGGUGUAAUAGCAUUCAAUGAUGAAACCCACCUAUUUUCGUCAUCUAUGAUGCCAGCAACCAUGAAAGCUAUUGAGAAUGUCACUCAGUGGAUUACCUUGAACUUCAUCGCUGGAGGUGGCACAAAGAUCUUACUUCCUCUGAAUCAGGCCAUUGGAAUGUUAUCUAAUAGUAGCGAUUCCAUCCCUAUCAUUUUCCUCAUUACUGAUGGGUCUGUUGAAGAUGAGAGACAUAUUUGUGAUGUUAUGAAAAGUCAAUUGACAAAUCAACAAAAAGUUUGCCCACGAAUAUACACAUUGGGCAUAGGUUCGUUCUGUAACCAUUAUUUUCUUCGGAAUCUUGCAAUAAUCGGCGGUGGAUAUCAUGAUGUUUCUUAUGAUGCAGGUAUGUUUUUUCUUGUCCAAAUAAAAAUGCUGAAGAUCCUUCUUUCUAAAUAAAUCUUAGACAUCUUCAAAAUUAUGCUUGAACUUUACCAAGUUCUUUUGCUUUCUCAUCAUAUAUUCUUUCAGCUUCAGCCCAUAUUGUAUC